GGGGAGGAGAGGCAGACACUGAGUGAGCAGAGCAGAGAUAUAGAAGCAGAGUCCGAGCGAGUCGCGGGCGGUUGACUUGGGUCUGGAGAAGGAGAAUGGAAGGGAGAAAAGUGGUGGUUUCAGCUCUGCAGUUUGCUUGCUCCGAUGAAGUUUCUGCUAAUGUCGAUACUGCUGAAAGGUUGGUUAGAGCUGCUCAUAAGAAGGGUGCAAAUAUCAUUCUCAUUCAGGAACUAUUUGAGGGAUAUUAUUUCUGCCAAGCUCAAAGGGAGGAUUUCUUUCAACGAGCAAAGUCUUACAAAGGACACCCUACAAUCCUAAGGAUGCAAAAACUAGCAAAAGAAUUAGGAGUUGUAAUACCAGUGAGCUUCUUUGAAGAGGCAAACAAUGCCCAUUACAAUUCAGUAGCAGUAAUUGAUGCUGAUGGGACAGAUCUUGGUCUGUACAGAAAGUCCCAUAUCCCAGAUGGACCAGGCUACCAGGAAAAGUUCUACUUUAAUCCUGGUGAUACAGGCUUCAAGGUCUUUGGAACAAAGUUUGCCAAAAUUGGAAUUGCUAUUUGCUGGGAUCAGUGGUUUCCAGAGGCUGCACGUGCCAUGGUUCUUCAAGGAGCAGAAAUUUUGUUUUACCCCACUGCCAUUGGUUCUGAACCACAAGAUGAAGGACUUGAUUCCCGUGAUCAUUGGAAGCGGGUGAUGCAAGGUCAUGCUGGGGCUAAUUUGGUACCUCUAGUGGCUUCAAAUCGGAUAGGAAAGGAGAUAAUUGAGACAGAACAUGGAAAUAGUGAGAUUACAUUUUACGGGAACUCUUUUAUAGCAGGACCCACGGGAGAAAUUGUCACAGCUGCAAAUGAUAAGGAUGAAGCCAUAGUCAUUGCAGAAUUUGAUCUGGAUAAAAUCAAAUCCAAGAGACAUAGCUGGGGAGUAUUUCGGGAUCGACGUCCAGACCUUUACAAGCUUCUUCUGACAUUAGAUGGCAAUAGUUCUUCACUGUGAUGCCAGUCACUAUGCCUUCCAUUUUAGUUCAGUACGGUAGGUAAUCAACAGAGUUCUUUUAAUAAGAGGUAAAUUAUAUCAAAGGAAAAGAAUUAAGUAUUGCAGAUACUUGUUAUCAAGUUCAGAACAAUGAUGCUUCAUGUUCAUCUUCACUAAUUCCCCUUGUGUACUAAAACAGUUUUUCUUCCUUGGAAAUAGUUUUUUUCUAUUGUUAGGUGGGUUUACCUAUUUUCGAUAGAAUUCUUUGAAUCA